GUCGGCAAGAAAAUGUUCAUGGUGGGAUCUUAGACCAAAAGAAAGAAAAAAGGACUCUGUAUACAAACGAAACGAUGAAUGACAUUUGCAACUGGCGACGUGCAAGCGGCAUGUCAUCCCAUGUGGUGGAAGGCGGUCACCAACUCCAAACAGUGGCAUCCGGUGGUGCCAUCGCAAUCUCGGGACUCGUGACAGGAGCCACGGAUCUGCUGGUACCCGGAAGAGUUACAGCAGCUGCACCAAUCCAGCAAGGAGCGGUCAGUGCUCCAAUAGAAGCGAGAAGUUUGCUGGGGAAGCCAGAUGUCCAGCAGAUCUCCGUGGAGGUAUCUCCAGAUGGCCAGCUGGGUCUGGACAGCCCUUCUUCGGCAGCUUGGAACAGCAACGUCCACUGGGUCCGCGCGCUGCGUCUUUCUGAAGACUGUCACUCCUUCAACGUGCAGCUGAAGCUGCAGAUGCACCCAAGACCGAAGCUGAUGGUACAAGCUGUACGACCAAUUGAAGCUGGACAAGAGCUGCAGAUGUGGUUUGCUGAGGAAGUGUUGGCUAUUCUGCAGGUUGCUUUCCUUACACCGUCGAAUAUACAAGGUCAAAAGAAGUACGUCUGCAUACGAUGUGCUGCUUUAUACGAGUCACCAAACCCAUUAAAAUUGCACAUGACACUCUCAUGUGGUAAACAGAAUAUUAGCUUUCUAUGGGAGCGUCUAGCCAGUCUCAUUGCGAAUGAAAACUUGCACAAAGCUAACGGAAAUGCAUCUUUCAACUUCAAGCUUUUACCAGAACCUGCAAUGAGGCAAAGAAAUGCAAUUGAUCUCACACUGACAAGAUCUCCGAAAGUAAUAGAGAAAGGAAACCUUUACCGGCCUUAUAGUGAACCUUCUGCCUUCAGGCCAUUCAAAAAAGAUGCAAUGCCUCUAACGGUAUCGACUCCAACAAUUCUACCAAUGAACUUUGAGCAAGAAGUACAAAUCCAUCCCGGAGCUGCUUACCACGAUGAGGCCCAAAUUGAAAGCCUUGUUAGCAGCUUAGGAAAAUCAAGACAAGGCCACAUUUGUCUCUAUUGCGGCAAAUGUUAUUCAAGAAAGUACGGUUUGAAGAUACACAUCAGGACACACACCGGUUAUAAGCCUCUGAAGUGCAAAUUCUGUGACAGGCCUUUUGGAGAUCCUAGCAAUUUGAAUAAACACGUUAGGCUACAUGCUGAAGGAAAUACACCAUACAAAUGUGACCUGUGUGGUAAAAUUCUAGUAAGAAGAAGGGAUCUAGAGAGACACUUGAAGUCUAGACAUAUGAUAGAAAUGAACCCAGAUAUUAAUUUGAUAGAAGAUUCCAAAGAAGAGAUCAAGUCCGUAAGUGAUAACGAAAGUAAAAGUUCAGACUGAUAGUUCGAAGUUGUAUAUAUUAGAAUGUAUUUUGUAUUUGAAGUUGUAUAUUUUUACGCUGGUUCAGAGUAACGUUUAUAUAUUUUUGAUACGAGAUAUUAUAUGGAUUCUUAAUAAAAAG